GCGCGCACUAUAGUAUUUGGUCAGACAAGGCUUCCAUAUUUUAUAAAAGUUAGUAGUCAUUACUUUUUGUCUUCCAUUCGCUCUCGCCUGCUGGAAGUUGCAGUUGUGCUGGCUGAAGAGUAAAAAAUGGUGAACCAUCGUGCUCCCUUGGUCCAGCGGAAGGUGUGCGUGGCACCUCGCCGCCCUUUCGAAAAGGCUCGUUUGGAUCAAGAACUCAAGUUGAUUGGUGAAUAUGGUCUGCGUAACAAGAGGGAAGUUUGGAGGGUCAAGUACACUUUGGCCAAGAUCCGUAAAGCUGCCAGAGAGUUGCUCACUCUUGAUGAGAAGGAUGGCAAACGUCUGUUUGAAGGUAAUGCCCUUCUUCGUCGGUUGGUCCGCAUUGGUGUGUUGGAAGAGGGACGCAUGAAGCUCGAUUACGUGCUCAGCUUGAAGGUUGAAGACUUUUUGGAGCGUCGCCUGCAGACCCAAGUUUUCAAAUUGGGUUUGGCUAAAUCGAUUCACCACGCCCGUGUUCUCAUCCGCCAGCGACACAUCCGUGUUCGCAAGCAGUUGGUGAACAUCCCCAGCUUCAUCGUCCGUUUGGAUUCGCAGAAGCACAUCGACUUUGCCCUCCGAUCGCCGUUCGGUGGCGGCCGUGCUGGUCGUGUCAAGAGGAAGAACUUGAAGAAGGGCACGGAUGGCGGAGAUGGUGGUGAAGAGGAUGACGAGUAGAACAUUCGCCCCCUGUUCACUUGAUUUGAGCCUCGUAUUGUAUCUGUUCUUGUGAUCAGUAAUACAAUUUGUGCGCUUGAAA